AAAGAAUUACCACACGAAUUUUAACGUUGAAAUAGUAAACAAGAAAUCAAAAGAUAUGUAGGAAUAACAUAAUUUCGUGCUAAAGUUACAAAAUGUUUAUUUAAUAAGGAAAAAAGUGGUUACAUGUUUAUGUAUGUGGACUGAUUCAUAAUUUGGGGCAAGUAGGUAAGCGUCGACAAAACUCGCAUUUUAAAGAGUGCCUAUUCAACAUGGCGAAUUAUGUUAGUGAAGAUAAUUCUACGAUGAACGUUGAAAAUACUUCGAAACCGCGAAUUAUUUUAUUGUUCAGCGGAAAAAGAAAAUGCGGCAAAGAUUAUAUCACGAACGCUUUACAAGAAAGAAUCGGCUGCGAUAAUAGCGGCGUUAUUAAAUUAUCGGGACCAAUUAAAUCUCACUGGGCGAAAUCAUUAGGACUUGAUAUUGAUCUGCUUAUGGGAGAUGGAGGAUACAAAGAAAAUUAUCGUCUUGAAAUGGCAAAGUGGGGAGAAAGUAUCAGAAAAAAAGAUCAUGGCUACUUUUGUCGCGCAGCUAUAAACAUGUAUAAUGCGCGUAACAAAUCAGUAUGGAUAAUAAGCGAUGUACGAAGGAAAACUGAUUUACAAUGGUUUCGAGAGAAUUUUAAAGAUGCAUGCAAAACAAUUUGCAUUACUUCGGAUAAAUCGAUCAGAGAAAAACGAGGAUGGAUCUUUACUCCAGGAAUCGACGAUUCAGAAACUGAGUGCGAUUUGGACGAUGUAAAUACAUGGGACUUAAUGGUAACGAAUAACGACGAUAACAUAGAACCUAUAUUGCAAACGAUAUUACAAUUCGUUCGUUAGUAAAAUAUAAUAU